GGAGCAAGGGAGUGGGUGGGAGGAUAGACAGUAGAUUCACUUGGCAGGCUACAGCGAUGAACGUCUUCCACCCGUUGGCCGUCUUCCUCUGCUUCCUCGCAGGCAGCACCUCAAACCCGGUCCUGCGUCAGCCCCUGUCUGCGUCGGUGCCAGCGGGAGGCACUGCCACCUUGACUUGCCAGGUGACGAACCUGAAUAUCGCGGACUAUGGCGGGUUCUGGUACCAGUUGCGGAAAGGGCAGAAGCCACGAUGGGUGCUGGUGCACUGGGCCAGCGGUCAGGUCGACCGGGGCACAGGCUACACGGACCGUUACCUACCUUACAGGGACUCAGCGACCAGCAGCUACGUCCUGACCAUCAGUAGCAUCUCUGAGGCAGACACUGGCACCUACUACUGUGCCACCGUCAAAGACAACAUGGUCUUCUUUGGCAACGGCAUCCACCUGCUUAUACCCAGUCGCCAGCUGUCGCCACCCACCAUCCACCUGUACCCACCGCCGGCCGAGCAGCUGAACUGCAAGGACUCCAACCUGACCCUCACCUGCCUGGCGAACGGCUUUUACCCAGGCCAUGUGCGCGCCCGAUGGACGAUGGACGGAGAGGAGGUGGGCCGCCAUCUGGUGACGGAGGCCGUGCCCCAGGAGGAGGAGGAGGAGGGGGGGAAGGCGCAGGGCACUGGAGGCAGCUAUAGCUGGAGCAGUUACCUGACCAUGUCCGCCAAAGAUUGGCAUGCCCACUCUCGCUUCUCCUGCCAGCUCGAGCAUGAAUCCAGUGGGGAGCCUCUGGUGGCCGUGGUCGACAGGGAGUCCUGCCCACUCUCAUAGCCGCGGCUGCGUACGGUUCCCGGUCUCUCCGUAUCCCACUGGGAGCGCCGUGUACGGUUCCCAGUUUCCGUCGUGGAUCCAAUAAAAUAGAACACAAACCA